GCGCUACACGCUCCACUCAGUCCGAGUCUGUCGCCGUUGCGCAGUGCCGUGUUACAGUCGCGCGCCUCGCUCAGCUCGCGUGCCAUACGCCGAUACUCUCGCAGCGCCGUGCGCCGGAUCGCGCUCGUUCCCCCGGUGAGCUCGUGCCGUCCCCCGAUGUCUGCAGGUGCGGGCGGCAGCAUGCUGCCCGCGCUGGCGCUGCUGCUGCUGCUGGCUGCGCCGGCUGCCGCGCGCCGGCAUGCGCCCGACUUGCGCGAGGAUGAACCCGCUCGCCGCACUACACGUCCCGCCGAAUGUCAGUUCGGUAAGCAAGCGAAGGAGCUGGGCUCGACGUGGUUCGCGGACCUCGGCCCGCCCUUCGGGGUAAUGUACUGCAUCAAAUGUGAGUGUAUUUCGGUGCAAAAGAAACGUCGUGUAGUGGCCAAGGUGCAUUGUCGGAACAUCAAGAAUGAGUGCCCGGAGCCAUCUUGUGACACUCCGGUGCUGCUGCCUGGGAGAUGCUGCAAGACUUGUCCAGGCGAUGUUGACUCGCCCGAUAUCGUGCAGGAGGACAGUCCGACCGUCGUCAUCACCGGCGGCGAGGAGGAGGAGCUAAGCAUGAAACAUUUUGGAGCUUUAUUAACUGGACGAUCCCCUCUUUGUAUACGUCGUGAUGAUAUGACGGGGGUGGCCGUCGCCCCCGGAGUGGCCACCGCUCGGUUUACUUUCCGACGUCGCCAUCUAUUCUGGUCUGUAAUCCUGGGACCUUCAAUCGUAACGCAACCACGCUCGUUAGCAUUUCUAGACAGAGGAGGAAGAAUGCUACUCGAACACCCAUUGAAAAGAUCACCCGGUAUUCACGCGACUUACGAAGAAAAAACUGAUAAGUUGUGCGGUGUAUGGCGCCGAGUACCGCGGGAGUAUAAGCGGUUGCUAAGAGAUGGGUCUCUCUACGUGGCCUUGAUCUGGGGCGACGAGCGGAAUAACUCCAUGGACAAGGCUUUAAGUGGACGAAUUAAUAGGUAUCCAGCACUAUCUACGGAGAUGUUCACAACGCUGUUAGAACCUGAACAUCCACCGGCGUCCAUCGGUAACGGCGCCUGUGACGACUACCGCACGCUGGGGCAGGAGGGCGGUUGGUGGGGCGGCACUGCAAUCGUUACAGGGGCCGCCGGAGCAGCGCCCAGCUUGCAUCUCGCCAUCAUCUACAAUGGAAUAUUCACGCUCAGUGCCAGAGAUCAAUCUGUCAGAGUCUUGCUGACUUUACCUGAACGGAAUCAGACUAUUAUUGACGAGAUCCAGAGUGUUCCCAAGCCGGGUUACGAGAUGAACGUACUAGAAGUAUCAACGCCGGUAUCGGCUGCGGAACUGAGAUCGUUAUCUCGCGGGAGACUUCUGCUGGCGGUUGAAGAGCUCGGAACGGUGGAGCGGCGCAUCGUCGGCGCCGUGCGGCAGAAGGCGGCCUGCGAGGUGUACCACGCCUGUCUGGUCGCAGAGAGGGCACCAGCUUCACCCGCACCUGAGGGUCUUGCCUUGAUAUACAUCGAUAAAGAAGGCUCACUCGUAUAUGAUAUACAGGUUGACAAUUUGGGGAUAUCAGACCCUAAAAUAACUCUAGUGGAGGAGCAAGGCAAGCGGCAUUCGCAGGUGGAGAUCCUAGACACGCGCGUGGGCGUGCUGGCGCGGCCCAGUGCGCGGAUCUUCCCGCCAUUAUACGAGGACCAGCUCGCCGUACACAUCGGAGCUGAUGCAGGUCCACCAAUCCUUCGUGGGCGGUUGCUGUCUCGUUCGCUGCCAGACGCGGCGGGGUUAGGGCCGGCGCUCACGCCCACCACACUGACACCUAUGGCCGGCCUCGCCUGGCUUUCCGUCGACUCGCUUUGCGGAAUACAGUAUGAGGUGGUAGUGACGGGCGCGACUAGUGCAUGGUCGUCGUGGCUGGAGACGCAUAGCGGGAGUGCGCGGGUGCUAGGCGGGGCGGAGGGCUGCGUGCUGGAGCCCGCGCCCGCCGAGCUGGCCGCGCUACAGGCCGGCACCGCGCAUCUCAAUGUGCGCGCACCCGACAACGUCACAGAGUUACUGCGCACACGCAUACCACAGAUAAGCGUGCCGCCAUCUUGUCUGCCGACGGUGCCGUGGACGUCAGACAACGAGCUGGGCGCGGGCUACUCGCCCACGCACGUCGAAGCGCCGCCGCCCGACAAUUCCCUGACCAAUACAGCGUCUUGCUACCACGCUGGACGUUUCUAUGAAGAUGGCGCGCAAUGGAUGUCUACUGAGUCUUGCCAGAUGUGUGGGUGCGUGCACGGCGUGCUCAAGUCUGAACCACCGACGGGAACAUCAUCACCAAUCAUACAAUAUCUAACUUAA